AAGAAGAAGUAGCACACUACGCGUGCAUGGUACUGCUACGUGUCACACUACGUGCCAACGCUGACAGAAGAAGGGUAAAGGUCAACAGCGUCUCCAUGGCCAUCAAGCUUCUGCUGGCAGUUUCCGCCCUAUGGUUCUUCGCCAUCGCCUUCAUGUCCUACGUGCACCUUACGAACUUGGAACCAUCGGUUGCCAUCCGGUCCCGCCAGGCUAGGGCAUCGCAAGAAGCACGAAAUUCAUUUCGCCGAGACGAGCUUCCACCAGCGGCACGAGCAAGGAAGCGAAGGGAAGAAGCACUUCUCUGUUCCAGAUCACGCAACAUCAGCGGUCAUCGUCGCGCCACCACUACGAAACGUCCUGGAGAGCUAGGUAGUCCCGUCGUGCUUGUCAACCUAACGUACCGCCAGCGCCGCCUGGUUGAAGAAGGCUGGGAACGUCACGCGUUUAACCAAUACGUGAGCGACUUGAUAUCUCCGCGCAGAAGCCUUGCAGACUUUCGCGAUAAAGAGUGCAAGGACAUGGAGUACGACGCGGCGGACGUUCCAGAGACGAGCCUAGUGAUUUGCUUCCACAACGAGGCCUGGAGCACUCUGCUUCGAACGGUUCACAGUGUGCUGGAACGGACACCGUCGCACCUCUUACGCGAGAUUAUACUCGUCGAUGACUUCUCCGACCAGUCGCACUUGAAGAUGCCGCUUGAAGAUUACAUGGCGCAGUUCAUAAAAGUGAAGAUAGUUCGGCUCGGCAAGAGAGAAGGGCUGAUCAGGGCGCGUCUGGCCGGAGCAGCUGCUUCGACUGCACCGGUGAUCACCUUCCUGGAUUCGCAUUGCGAGUGUCUGGACGGAUGGCUGGAACCGCUUUUGGAUCGCAUAAGGAGAAAUUCGACGAGGGUUGUCUGCCCCGUCAUUGACGUCAUAAACGACGAUACGUUUGAGUAUCACGGCAGAGAUUCUAACUGGGUGAACAUAGGCGGAUUCGACUGGGACCUCCAGUUCCACUGGCGUCCGGUUCCCGAGAGAGAACUGAAACGCAGGAAGCACACUUGGGAACCGGUCCGCAGCCCCACGAUGGCCGGGGGACUGUUCGCUAUUGACAGGGCCUUCUUUAUGAAGCUGGGCACGUACGAUGACGGAUUCGACAUCUGGGGUGGAGAAAAUCUCGAGCUCUCAUUCAAGACUUGGAUGUGCGGUGGCACGCUGGAGAUUGUACCCUGUUCACACGUUGGACACGUCUUCCGCAAGAGGAGCCCGUACAGGUGGAGGACGGGCGUGAACGUCCUACGUCGUAACGCCAUUCGUCUGGCUAAAGUUUGGAUGGACGAUUACGCGAAGUAUUACUACGAACGAAUUGGGUACGAGGUCGACGAUCACGGGGACGUCACAUCUCGCGUCCACUUACGAGAAACCCUCGGGUGCAAGUCUUUCGAGUGGUACGUGAAAAACGUCUAUCCGGAACUGUUCGUCCCAGGAGACGCGCUGGCCAGAGGAGAAUUGAGGAACUCGGGAGCAUAUGGCCGUUCUUGCAUGGACCAAUCGUCUUCCAAAGACGAAUUGAACAAGCCGGUUGGAAUGAAUUCCUGUCAUGGACGUGGAGGGAAUCAGCUUUGGCUAUUGAGCAAGACUGGAGAGAUUCGACGUGAUUCUGCGUGUUUGGAUUACGACGGUAAAAAGAACGUGGUGCUCUACGCGUGUCACGGUGCAAAGGGGAAUCAGCAUUGGAAGCAUGAUCCCAAGAAAGGUACAAUAGUGCACGUGCUGAGUAAGAAAUGUCUGGCGAUGGCUUAUAAUAGCUGGAUGGUUAUAGUGGAGAGAUGCGAUGGAAAUGCGAGGCAACAUUGGAAGUUUCAAGGAUAUGGUAAUAAAACGAAAUAGCUGUUA